AUGUUGAGGCGAUUCUCUACCCAGUUCAAGCGGUCCAAGGACUCCAAAGACUCCAAGGACACCAAUGGGGACACAGAGCCCAAGAGCGUGGACAAGAGCGUGGACAAGAGCGCAGACAAGAGCAGCAAGCGUUUCUCCAAGGUCUCGCCAGGACGAAAGUCUACUUCGAACCAGGAGGACAACCAUGUCGUGAAGCGUGCCGAGGUUGUAGCUACAUUUGAGAAGUUUGCGCAAGCAAUUCACGCAUCGAAGGAGCCUUUGCCCAACCAGACUGGUGAUGGCACCUUCCUGAAGCAUGACAAGUCGUCCGGUCUCAUCAGUGAUAUCAAGUCCCUGGGUUUCCGGGAUAUUAGCACUGUUAAGGAUCUGGUCGCGAGCAAGGCUUCUGGCGAGCUCGUUGAUGACAAGACCUACUUGAUGGAGCGCGUGAUCCAGAUGGUCGCUGAUCUUCCGGGGCACUCAAAGAACCGUACUGAGCUUACCAAUGUAUUCCUGGAUGAGUUGUGGAACUCAAUUCCUCACCCCCCUCUCUCUUACAUGGGAGACGAGUACAAGUACCGUUCAGCCGAUGGCUCAAAUAACAACCCUACUCUCCCCUGGCUGGGAGCUGCUAAUACCCCAUACUGUCGCACUAUUGCUCCCCUGACCAUCCAGCCCAGCGGAUUGCCCGACGCCGGUCUGAUUUUUGAUACCCUAUUUGCUCGUCAGGAGUUUACUCCCCACCCCAACAAGGUCUCCAGUGUCUUCUUCGACUGGGCCUCUUUGAUUAUUCAUGAUAUCUUCCAGACCGACUAUCGCCAACAACACCUGAACAAGACUUCUGCUUAUCUCGACCUCUCCAUUUUGUACGGCGACGUCAAGGAGCAACAGGAUCUCAUCCGUUCUCACCAGGAUGGAAAGCUGAAGCCCGAUUGCUUCUCUGAGGGCCGUCUGCAGGCCCUUCCCGCUGCCUGCGGUGUUUUGCUGGUUAUGCUGAACCGUUUCCACAACCACAUUGUUACUCAGCUGGCCGAGAUCAACGAGAACGGCCGCUUCAGCAAACCUCGCCCUGGCCUGUCCGAGGAGGAAACCAAGGCCGCCUGGGCUAAGCGUGAUGAGGACCUGUUCCAGACCGGUCGUCUCAUUACUUGCGGUCUGUACAUCAACAUUACUUUGUACGAUUACUUGCGCACCAUUGUCAACUUGAACCGCACCAACUCCACUUGGUGCUUGGAUCCCCGUGCCCAGAUGGAGAAGGCCGGAUCCACUCCCGCUGGUCUUGGUAACCAGUGCUCCGUCGAGUUCAACUUGGCUUACCGCUGGCACUCGACCAUCAGUCAGGGCGAUGAGAAGUGGAUUGAGCAGAUCUACUACGACCUCAUGGGCAAGCCUGCCGAGGAGGUCACCAUGCCUGAGCUGCUUAUGGGCCUGAAGAAGGUCGAGGGAAGUCUCGAGGCUGAUCCCGCCAAGCGUACAUUUGCCCGCCUGAAGCGUAACGAGGACGGUUUCUUCGAUGACGGAGAACUUGUCAAUAUCCUUACUCACGCCACCGAGGAUGUGGCCAGUUCUUUCGGCCCCCGCAACGUGCCCAAGGCCAUGCGCUCCAUUGAGAUCCUCGGUAUCGAGGCUUCCCGCAGGUGGCACGUCGGUUCCCUCAACGAAUUCCGUAAGCACUUCGGUCUGAAGCCUUACGAGACCUUCGAAGAAGUCAACUCCAACCCCGAGAUUGCUGACACCCUCCGCCACCUCUACGAACACCCCGAUUUCAUCGAGCUGUACCCCGGUAUCGUUAGCGAGGAGGCUAAGGAGCCUAUGAUUCCUGGUGUUGGUAUCGCUCCCACUUAUACCAUCUCACGCGCUGUUCUAUCGGAUGCCGUUGCCCUCGUCCGUGGUGACCGUCACUACACCGUUGAUUACAACCCCCGUAACCUGACCAACUGGGGUUACAAUGAGUGCCGCUACGACUUGAACAUCAACCAGGGCUGUGUCUUCUACAAGCUGGCCACACGGGCUUUCCCCAACUACUACAAGCCUGACUCUAUCUACGCCCACUACCCCAUGACUAUUCCGAGCGAGAACCAAAAGAUCAUGAAGGAUCUGGGCCGCGAACAGGACUACUCCUAUGACAAGCCUGCAUUCAUCGAGCCCCGUGUCAACCUGGUUUCCCACCAGAAUGCUAAGAUGGUCCUGGCGAACCAGACGGACUUCCGUCCCAGCUGGGCCCGCAGCAUGUCCAAGCUGUUCGGCAAGGGCGAGUUCGACAUCAAGCAGCGUGAAGCUAUCGGCAGGGCUCUCAACACUCCGGAGUUCCCCAAGCUCGUCAAGACGUUCUACGAGGACAUCACUCAGCGUCUGAUUGCCGAGAAGGGCGGCCAGCUUGGCAAGGUCAACCAGAUUGACAUCACCCGCGAUGUUGGCAACUUGGCCCACGUCCACUUCGCCUCCACCAUCUUCGGUCUCCCUCUGAAGACCGAACAGAACCCACAAGGCCUGUUCACCGAGCAUGAGAUGUACAUGAUCCUCUCCACCAUCUUCGCCGCACUCUUCUUCGACGUCGACGCCCCCCGCUCAUACGCCCUCAACAACGCCGCUUCCGCCGUCUCCAGCCAGCUCGGCUCAGUCAUCGAGUCCACUGUCAAGGCCGACACGAACAGUAGUCUCUUCUCUGGCCUCAUGAACAGCUUCCGCCCGCACGACAGCGCCCUCCGCGAGUUCGGCACCGAAGCCGUCCGCCGCAUGAAGGAGGCCGGCUCCAGCGCCUCCGACAUCACCUGGUCCGCCAUCAUCCCCACCAUCGUCAACAUGGUCCCCAGCCAGGGCCAGGUCUUCACCCAGAUCAUCGAGUUCUACACCUCGCCCGAGAACAAGGCCCACCUGGCCGAGAUCAACCGUCUGGCCCACAUCGACUCUGCCGAUUCAGACGAGUUGCUGAACCGCUACUGCCUGGAGGCCAUCCGCCUGAACGGCACCUUCGGUGCCUUCCGCGAGGCCACCCAGGUCGUCACGGUCGAGGAGAACGGCAAGACCCACGUCAUCCAGCCCGGUCAGCAGGUUUUCGCCGCCUUCCACGAGGCCAACCAUGACUCCAGCGUCUUCCCCGAGCCCAAUGAGGUCCGUCUCGACCGACCCCUCGAGUCCUAUCUCAACCAAGGUCAGGGCCCUGCCACCGGCUUUGGCGAGCAGAUUAGCAAGGUCGCUCUCGUUGCUAUGCUGCGUGUUGUCGGUCGUCUGCCGGGUCUUCGUCGUGCUGCUGGUGCCCAAGGCCAGCUCAAAAAGAUUCCCCAGGAGGGCGGCUACCACGUCUACCUCCGUGGUGACGGAACUGCUUACUCGCCUUUCCCUAUGUCGCUCAAGCUACACUGGGACGGCCCUUUUGCGAAGAAGAAGGUUCCCUCUUCUUAA